AUGGAAGAUUGCUCUAAGUUCUUGAAUACCACCAAGGAUGAAGAUUACAGUUCCGAUGACAGCGAUGGUGGCGUUGGUGUUACGGAUGAAAUUGUGGCUUUUGCUAUGGAUAUUGUUAUGCAAUUUGAAAUUUGGUUGGAUUUUUCUUUCCCCAAUGAUGAAGAUGAUGGUAAAGACUUUCACAUGUCUGAUGCUCAACAAGAUCAUGUUUUGGCUAUUAAAGAUCAAGUACCAAGAUUAAGUACUCUUAGGAUUAAGCUCUGCCCUGAUUAUAUGACAAAGAUAACCUUCUGGAAGAUAUAUUUUGUAGUUUGGCAUCUGAUACCCGAACACAAUGUUGUCAAACUUCUUUCAACACCCAAGAUAUAUUUUUUAGUUUUGCAUCUGAUACUCGAACACAAUAUUGCCAAAGUUCUUUUCACACCCAAGAUUCUGAGAGCCAAAUCCUUGUUAACACAUGAGUUGAAAAACUGACUGUUGAAGAAUGAAGCACGAAGAAUCAAUUCUUUUUAUGAAAAUAUAGUUGUAAAUAACUUAAUUUGAAUAAUAUUUGAAAU